UGCAGGAAGCUGUCCGUGAAAGACGCAUCAUGAAUCGGCUGGUUGCCUUUGUCGCUCUUUUUACCCUUUUCCACACUGUCCUGGCUCAACUGUCAAAUGUGUGUGAUUUGCCAGUGGAUGAAGGGCAUGGAGCAGACUACUUAAUCCGUCUUUAUUUUGACAAGACAAAGGACCAGUGCGUUCCCUUCGCGUUUAAGGGGCAAGGAGGCAAUGGAAACCGAUUCAUCACUGACAAGAUGUGCAUGAGAAACUGUUCUGUGAAGGCAGAAGAAAUCUACCCCAAAAAUGAAACUAAAGUCUGCCGCUUCCCAAAGAGUGUUGGAGAGUGCUUUAGUCAUUACUUACUAUGGUAUUAUGAUCCCAUCAUUGGGAAAUGCAAGAACUUCUAUUAUACUGGCUGUGGAGGCAAUGGGAAUCGAUUCAUUAAUUCAACAAUCUGCGAGAAUACCUGUGCUGGGGUUCAUGAUUUGUCCAGUUCUGACAAUCUCAAGCCUGAGGAUGAUGAGAGUGACACACCAGUUGGGUUAAUUAUUGGAAUCUUGCUGGGUGUUCUGGGAGCAAUAAUCAUUAUCAUAGUGGUUGUAGUUUCUGUGAAAAAGAAGAAAGGCAAUGGUGCGUCAAAGGUUAAAAAAGAUUUAGACGUGCCUCUUAAUGACAGACCUGUGGAAGUAUCGUAGGCAGCGGCUGAAGUGCACGCAGAAGCGUCCCCCGUCAUCCCUGCAGCCUUGCCACAGCACCAGUCGUACACUGCACCAGUGUCAGCAAGCAGCUUUUCUCUAUUUUAUUAUCUGUAUUUGGUCGUUAUUAUCUUGAAAACCAAUAACAGGCAGCUAAUUUAGCAGAAACUUUAGUAGUAAAUCUAGCGAGUGAUUUAGUAGUAAUUAGCAGUAGUUUUAAUUAAUCAUGCUUAUAAUCACAUGUUAUCUGUUUUCCAUGUAAAUGUUAAUAGCUACAAGCAGUGGUCAAGGGUCGGGUCAUGGUUCAGAAACAGAAACUGGACCUUUUCCUUAUAUCUGCACAGUCACAGGUUGAUAGAAAUGGUUUCAUACCACAUUUUCAAGAGUUACUCAACUGUAUCUUCUCAAUUAAUCAUUCAACUACCACUAAUAACCAAGGUAUACAGUGCUGCAUGGAAAACAGUCCCCGACUGCCCCAGAAUGUAAUGCAGCAAUUCAGCUCUGGAUACAGGAGGCAGGUAGAAUACUGUAAGGUGAACAUUUUUUAAUUAAACUGUCUUUUUUAAGAUUAA